GUCCGCCCGCCCCGCCCGGCAACGUCAGCGGCGGCCCCGCUUCCCCGCCGGCACGGCCCGCUCGGCAUCGCCGCCCCCUGCCCUGCCCUGCCCUGCCCUGCGCUGCCCCGCCGCCGCCGACCCCUCACCGGCAUCCCCCAUCCUCCCCAUCCCCGCUCCUUCCUCCUCCUCCUCCUGCCCGUCCCUCCCGGCGCGGUGCCGGGCGCAUGGCGGCGGGGGCGGGCGGCGCGGCCCUGGGGCGGGCGGCGCUGGCGGCGCCGCUGGUGCUGCUCUACUACGGCUUCUCCAUCGGCAUCACCUUCUACAACAAGUGGCUGAUGAAGAGCUUCCCGUUCCCGCUGCUCGUCACUCUGCUGCACCUGCUGCUCAUCUUCGCUCUGGCGGCGCUCGCCCGAGCCCUGGCGCGGUGCCGCUCCGGCCGCCCGCGGGCAGCGCUGUCCUGGGCCGACUGUCUGCGCCGGGCGGCCCCCGCAGCUCUGUCAACUUCCUUGGAUAUUGGGCUGAGUAACUGGAGCUUCCUGUAUGUCACUGUCUCCCUCUACACGAUGACCAAAUCCUCUGCUAUUCUCUUCAUCCUGCUUUUUUCACUGCUCUUCAAGCUGGAGGAAAUGAGAGUGACGUUGCUCCUGGUGGUUCUGCUCAUUGCUGGGGGACUCUUCAUGUUCACCUACAAGUCCACCCAGUUCAACGCACAGGGGUUCAUCCUGGUGCUCUGUGCCUCUUUCCUUGGGGGCAUCCGCUGGACUCUCACACAGAUACUUAUGCAGAAGGCUGAGCUGGGGCUCCAGAAUCCCAUUGAUAUCAUGUUUCACCUGCAGCCGCUCAUGUUCCUGGGGCUCUUCCCACUCUUUGCGGUGUUUGAGGGCCUGCCUUUGUCCAUAUCAGAGAAGCUCUUCCGUUUCCAUGAAGCAGGAAUGCUGUUCUCUCUGGUAGGGAAGCUGUUCUUGGGUGGAAUUCUUGCCUUUGGUCUAGGCUUUUCUGAGUUCCUCUUGGUUUCCAGAACAUCUAGCCUCACCCUUUCCAUUGCUGGCAUUUUUAAGGAAAUCUGCAUUUUAUUCCUCGCCACACAUUUGCUGGGAGACCGCCUCAGUCUCUUGAACUGGCUGGGCUUUGCUGUCUGCCUGUCAGGAAUCUCCCUUCAUGUCGUUCUCAAAGCCGUGAAUUCCAAAGGUGACAAAACACUGGAGCCACACAAAGAUGCCAGCUCUGACCCUGACCUGGAGCUGCUGCUGCACCACACUGAACAUGGGGACAAGGAGGAAGAGGAUGUUGAAACCCCACAACAAUGACUGAACGUGAAGCACAAAGUCUCUUGCUCUGUUCUUACCAAACCUGCCUGAUAUCUAUCUAGGAGGAAAGUCCAAAAGUCUCUGUGACCACCCAAAGGAGAGCCAGGGCCUAGUGAGAGAAUUCUGCUGCUCUGCUACAGUGUGAAUCUGUAAAUGCUGCACAAGAAACAGGCAAAAUUCCUUUCACAGGAACUUUGAAGACAAGCCCUGGUUCAGUGGACGUGGAACAGCCCAUGAGACACAGAAAUGCUCCAGCAAGUCUGUUAGGGGAUCCUGAAGGCUGAAUACUGAGAGUGUAGACCAUGGGCUGUAGAAUGAGUGUGGACAUACCUGGACUGCAGGCUGAGUGGUUCAGGGAUGAUUUUACUGUUUUAGGCUUUGGCUUCAAAAGAGAAGGUAGAUAUACCUUCCCCCCCCUUUUUUUUUAAAUGUUUCUACAAAGUAGGAACUUCCAUCCUGGUGGGAGCAGAUGACUGUAUAAAUCCUUAGAGUUGUCCCAGUGAGAAGGACCCUUUGUGCCUGGUGACCUCCAUGUUCUGUGUGCAUAGUAAGGAGAGAAUUAAAUGCUGGUAUUUGGGACCAAUUGAACCUGCCAAGUGAUGUUGGUUGGAGGCAGGAUGGGGAUGCAGGAGUACCUCUGGUGCUACAGGCCAAGGGGAGAGAGAGCUGUGUCACAGGAGGCCUAACUUGAGCAAUAAGUUUAUCAGAAAGUAUGUGGGGUUUUGAGAGGGGGAUUUUUUGUUUUUUAAAUAAACUGUUUUUCUGAU